AUGGAGAAGCAUAUUUUCUUUGAUAAAGCGCUGACCAAGGCCGACAGAGUUGUUCUGAAAAGCUUGGCCCAGGACAUCAAGACGCAUCCUACCCGACAAACCAACAGACGGCGAGAUGGCGAAUUCGACUUGGACUCUGGCCUGGGAUCAGAGGAAAGCUGUUCAAGCAGCGAUGAAGCUCCGCCAUCCGGCUGCCACAUCGAGGCCAACGACGUUGCUGCUCUGAAAGCAUCCCGAGAUCCCAAGAGCGCGAGUUUUCAACCAACGGUACUCUUGUCUGUCGAUGAUUGCGCAUCUCACCUCCAUCCGCUACUCGACCAAUAUCUUUUACAGCCAUACAUUCGGCAAGCUCGCAAAAUUGUUCGACACGAGACUGACGUCGCCAUGCUCACUCAUCUAAUCAUUUACUUGACCACCUCGGUGCCGAGCGCACUGCUUCUCUUUCGCCACUUCACCUAUCCGCACGCCAUCCUUCACUUCAUCAUGCAGAUGUACUAUGUUGGCACGUACACCUUGAUGCAGCAUCAGCACAUUCACCAGCGAGGAAUCCUCGCCAAGCAAUACGGCAUGAUUGACAAGGCGUUCCCUUAUAUCCUGGAUCCUCUGAUGGGCCAUACCUGGAAUACAUACUACUACCACCACGUCAAGCACCACCAUGUGGAGGGCAAUGGCCCUGACGAUCUGUCAUCGACAAUUCGAUAUCAACGAGACAGCGUCCCGGACUUCCUCCACUACGUUGGACGCUUCUUUUUCCUCGUGUCCCUGGACCUUCCGUUGUAUUUCCUUCGCAAGAACAAGCCCGGCUUGGCGAUUCGGGCAGCUGGAUCCGAAUUUGGAACUUUUGCAUUCUACCACUUCAUGUCGCGUCUUGUGGGCUUCAAUGCGACGCUUUUCGUUUACCUUUUGCCGCUUUUGAUGCUUCGGUUGGGGCUGAUGGUUGGUAACUGGGGUCAGCAUGCCUUCGUCGAUCAGGAUGAUCCCGACUCGGAUUUCAGGUCCAGCAUCACCCUUGUCGACGUUGCGAGCAACCGAUUCUGUUUCAACGACGGUUACCACACUUCGCAUCACCUGAAUCCACUUCGGCACUGGCGCGAUCACCCAAUGUCGUUCCUGGAGCAGAAGAGCGCCUAUGCACAGGAAGGUGCCCUUGUGUUUCAUAACAUUGACUUCUUGAUGAUUACUUUUCGUUUGUUGCGUAAAGAUUAUGAGCAUCUUGCGAAAUGUUUGGUGCCCAUGGGCGAUCAAAUCAGUCUCACGAUGGAGGGCAGAGUCCAGUUGCUGAAGAAACUGACGAGAAAGUUUACCGAGGACGAGAUUGCAGAAAAGUUUAAGAAAUCGCGAUAA